UUUCAGUUUCACUCAAGUGUUGCCCGAAAUGACGUCGAACGAUAGAUCAAAUAAGCUGAAUGAGAAGCGUACCAGUGUUCAGAUGAAGACAAGUUUCUCCCAAGAAGUAUAUAAAACUCCGAUCAAGCAAAUUCUUACUGCACCAUCACAAUCCCACUCACGAAUCACACCAGGUGGACAGCUCUUCUUAUGUGUGAUGGGACUAUUGAUAAGUGUUGCGAUCAGCAUCUGGUUAGCCGCAUUUAGUCGUGAAAAUGGAUGGCGUCGAGCUGUCUUCGCAUCGGCCGCUGGUAUCUGUGCGAUUCUCUUCAUGCUUCUCACUAUCAUGACCUACAGAAGAGCGAAAAACCCACAAGAACCGGAGCCACUUCCAGAUCUUUCACAACGUCGAUCUACAAUCGGAGCACGAGUUAGUAAACGAUCAAUUGCGGCGGGAAUGAGCGCAGACGACUGUCCAACGCAGGUCUUAGUCACUGGAACACGUGGUUCCAUUCCAUCCUAAUCAUCUCACGGAUCACCUUUUUCAACUUCACUCUAUUCUUUUUUGUCCAUAUCGGGUAGCGAUCAUCAAAACAACACUCUUAAUUUCUUCCUUCCCCCCACUCAAUCAAAUUUAAAAAGAUAAACUCAAAAAUCUAAUUUUUCUGUUUUUUUUUGCGAAAAAAACAUUCACUUCAUUCCCUUUUCCCUCCUUUUCUGAAAAUUUUCCAUUUUUCAUUUGUUUGUAUCAUUUGUUCCCCCUUCUUCGGUUCAUAUCCGAAUUCUUCCGAAAUUUCCAUUUUUAACCCGUUUUGUGCACGAUUUUUAAAUAUUUUAUUUUUUGCAAAUAAAUAAGCUUUUGAAUA